AUGUUCACUCCUCCUCCCUCCCCUCGGCCAUAUACUUCGAGAGAGCCCCCUGCACCAGUUCCAGUGCUCCCUCUCGAAAAGCCAAUGGAAAUUACGGAAUCACCUCUGCCCCACCAUUCCUCCUUCCCCACGCAUGAAGGUAAACGAAGGACGGGACGCCGGUACCGAUGGGCGGUCCUCGUUGCGCCUAUGCUGCUCGUGCUAUUGACAGCCUACAGGGGUUACGUCUCGUCGGCAACCGUCUCGACGAGCACACUACGAUCUCUGUCAUGGCGUGGUCUCGUCGCGGAGGGAUCAACAUCGUGGAGCUCACACCUCAAGAGAUCACCUGAACCGGAACCCCAAGCCCCUUCUCCAGUUUCUCAAUCCUCCUCCUCCUCCUCUUCUUCUUCAUCCUCAAGCUCGUCGUCAUCUGCUUCGAGCUCCGCAACAUCUACCGCUUCCCAAACCAUACCCACUAUACCCUCCUCGCCUCCCGUCCUUCCUACCCCGUUCCCCCAGCCGUUCGAUGACAACAUUGCUUCCAACUUUACGAGCACCACAUGUGCCACAUUCUUCGCCAACAUGACCAGUGCGACACCUUUCAGAUCCUGUCGCCCAUUCUCGCUGCUCCUCACAUCAAAUGCAUUUAUCAUUGCCCAAACCAAUUUGACUCUGAUGAACUCGCUGAUAUGGGGGACGUGUAACACAAAUACAGGAUUUGACCAGUGCAAAGCCAACAUGGGAUGGUUUGCAUCGGCAUUGAAAACAGCAUGUUCCCAGGAGCUAUCCAGCAAGAACGCAAUGGCUACAACAACGCUCAUGGGCCUCAACUCGUACUCUGUCAUGCACGAUGUCGCCUGUCUCCCUGACCCAACAUCCAAUACCUAUUGCUACAUCAACGCUGUACGCAACAGCAACCCUGCUGACCUAUACUACUACAACCUGCCUUCUGGACUCACGAUACCAAAAAACGCACAACCGACAUGCUCGUCCUGUUCCAAGAGUAUCAUGGGCAAGUACCAAAGCGCGCUGGCAGACCCGGUUUUAGGCCCAGGUCUGACAGGCUUAAAAACGGCGUACCCCCCGAGUGCACAAUUGAGCGCUCAGCUAUGCGGCGCGGCGUUCCUGCCGGCUGCUGCGAAUGUGUCGAGUGCGGCGGUGGCAGCGGUGCUGAGAGGACCGUCGUGGGCAUUGAUAGGUGGCCUUGGCGUUCUGGUGUGGAUGUUGUCCGGUUCGAAUGGUUUGAACCUGCUGUUGCCGCUAUCGUGGUCUUGA